AUGCCUUCUACACUUGUGGCCCUUCUCUUUCUUGGGCUGUCUCUGAGCCAGAGGACCAGCACCCAGAAGCGUGAGUCCUUCCUUCAAAGCCCCAGAGUCUGGGUUGAGGCUAAGUAUCCACAGACUCUCUCGAAGCCUGUCAUCUGGGCCAAACCCAGUUUCAUGAUUCCAAAAGGAAAACUGGCGAUCAUCUGGUGCCAAGGAACUCAUGAGGCCGUUGAGUACCAACUGCGCUUUGAGGGAGGCCUUUCUGCCUUCGAGAGACUGAAGUCACCUGGGACGGUGACCAGAGUAAAGUUCCCCAUCCCGUCCAUGACCUCACAGACUGCAGGGCAGUACAGGUGCUUCUAUCGAAGUGGGGAGCUCUGGUCAGAGCCCAGUGACCCUCUGGAUCUGGUGGUAACAGGACUGUAUGACACACCCACCCUCUCAGUUCAACCCAGACCUGAGGUGACCUCAGGAGAAAAAGUGACCUUCCUUUGCCGCCUAGAAACAGCAACAACCACCUUCUUUCUGCUCAAGGAGGGAAGAUCCAGCCGCCCACAGCACAGAUAUGGGAAUAUGCAGGCGGAGUUCCCCAUGGGCCCUGUGAGCACAGCUCACAGAGGCACGUACAGAUGUUUUGGCUCCUAUAACAAACAUGCAUGGUCUUUCCCCAGUGAGCCCGUGAAGCUCCUGGUCAAAGGAGAUGCCGGGGACACCACCUUUGCGCCCACAGAGCACACCUCUUCUGACCACUGGGACGCCUACAUGUUAACCACAGAGACCCAAUUCCAGGAAGAUCCUGUCCUCCGGGAUCACAAUGCCCAGAAUCUCCUUCGGGUCGGCCUAGUUUUCCUGGUCUUGGUGGCCCUCGUGUGGCUCCUGGUUAAAGACUGGCUUCACAGGAAGAAGCCUCAAGAGAGAGCCAGCAGGGCUUCAAGUCAGGAGUGCAGAAGGUUCAGAGCACAAAGAGCCCUGGAGAAAUGA